AUGCCUCCCAAGAAGAAGGAAGAAGAAGUCAAGAAGGUCAUCCUCGGAAGAGCCUCCAACACCCUCAGAAUGGGUCUCGUCGGUCUGCCAAACGUCGGCAAGUCAACCACUUUCAACGUUCUCUCAAACUUGAGUGUUCCUGCUGAGAAUUUCCCAUUCUGCACAAUUGACCCCAACUUGGCGAAGAUCUACGUGCCUGAUCAGAGAUUCGAAAAGUUAUGCGAGAUCUAUAGACCCAAGAGCAAAGUUCCAGCAACUCUUACUAUUACCGACAUCGCUGGUCUCGUGAAAGGAGCUUCAGAAGGUGCAGGUCUUGGAAAUAAUUUCCUAUCACAUAUUGCAGCUGUAGAUGGUAUUUAUCACGUAGUCAGAGGUUUUGAGGAUGCUGAUAUCAUUCAUGAAGAGGGAGAUGUCGAUCCAAUCAGAGAUAUGGAAAUCAUCUAUGGAGAACUCAUUGCCAAGGAUGUCCAGAACCUUAAGAAAGCAAUGGAAGAACUAGAGAAAGUUAUUAAGAGAACCAACGCUAAGCCAGCUAGAGAUGAGUAUGAAGUUUUACAGAGAGUUGAAGCACUAUUCAAAGAUUUGAAAUGCGUUAAGGAUGGAGAAUGGAGUGCAAAAGAUAUUGAAUUCUUGAACAUGCACUCUUUCAUCACAGCCAAGCCAGUAGUGUAUUUGAUCAAUAUUAGCAUUGAGGACUAUGUUAAAAAGAAGAACAAGUAUUUGCCAAAGAUCAGCAAGUGGAUCUCAGAGCACGGAGGUGGCCCAAUGAUUCCUUAUUCAGCUGACUUUGAGACUAAGGUCACUUCAAUGGGAACUGACCCAGAGGUCAGAAAGAAGGCUGCUGAAGAAAUGGGAUCCCCAUCAUGCAUUUCUAGAAUCAUCAAGGUUGGAUAUACUACUCUUAGAUUAAUCCAUUACUUCACUGCUGGAGAAGACGAGGUCAAGUGCUGGACCAUCAGAGAGGGUACAAAGGCACCUCAAGCAGCUGGAGUUAUCCACACAGACUUUGAGAGAGGAUUUAUUUGUGCUGAAAUCAUGAAGUACGACGAUCUAGUGACUCUAGGAUCAGAACAGAAUGUUAAAGCUGAAGGCUUGUACAGAUAGAUGGGAAAAGAUUACGAAGUACUUGAUGGAGAUAUCAUCUACUUCAAAUUCAACGUCACUGCUCAACCCAAGAAGAAAUGA